UGAGGCUCACGGCGUUUAUGACGGGCUUAUGAGAGAUGGAACAGACUCUGUGCGCUGAAAUAUCAACGCUUUGGCAUUUAUCACGAGGAUUCUCGACAAAAAAAGCACUGAAACCGAAAAUGAGCAACAUCUCUUAACUGGACCAGACAAUGGAAGUAGCUUCAUGCAGCAGUAACAAUUCACCCCUGGGAAACAAGUACGUACUAAAUAAGACUACCUGCAGAAGCACAUCAGUCAGAGGUAGCUAAAACUAACGUGUGGCUUGAAAGUGACACAUUUUCAAUUGGAAUGCGUGUCGAAGAACCGCGAAGGAACAGAGCAGACGCGUAUGUAUGUUUUCCUAUGACUUCGGUGGCGUUCCGACGUUGUGAGGAAAUCGAGUAUAGUUUAAUUUGUUUCAAAUCGCACUCACGUAUCACCAGAUGUGUUUGCGAUGGAGCGUGUUUGAUUAUUAUUGGUGACUACACAUGUAAAGCUGCUAUGGAUCGUCCGGAAUGAACACCUGAAAUUUAUUCGCGUUAUUUUUUCGCAGCGCUGUUUCCACCUGAAAUUCCGCAACCCGCGCGAGUCUCCGUCCGCGGUCCUGAAACAAACAAGAGCUCUGCUUCACGCUGAACAGCCACAGUCGGGGAAAAUGAUCUGCUCGUCUGUAUGAGAUUGUAAUUUUUUUUAUUUUGUUGGCCUUUUUGGGAAUCUCAGACAAGCAAAGGACGAAUUGUUCACCUCAGAAGUGAGAGAAGAAGGAAUUUUUGCACUGAGCUGUAGCUUACUACAUCUACUCAUCUCUAACCUGACACAAUGUUCGCACUCGGGAUUUAUUUGUGGGAAACUAUCGUGUUUUUCAGCUUGGCAGCAUCACAACAAGCAGCGGCUCGGAAAGCUGCCACCCCCAUGCCCCCGUCAGAAUUCCUGGACAAGCUUAUGGGAAAAGUGUCUGGUUACGAUGCAAGAAUAAGACCUAAUUUUAAAGACCCACAAGGCUCCAAAUCGGAUGGUACUCACAAGAAAGGUCCACCUGUGAACGUAACAUGCAACAUUUUUAUCAACAGUUUUGGAUCCAUUGCUGAAACAACAAUGGAUUACAGAGUGAACAUUUUCCUGAGACAGCAGUGGAAUGACCCUCGGCUGGCUUACAGCGAAUACCCCGAUGACUCCCUUGACCUUGAUCCCUCCAUGUUGGACUCCAUUUGGAAACCCGAUCUGUUCUUUGCCAAUGAAAAGGGAGCCAAUUUUCAUGAGGUUACCACUGACAACAAGCUUCUAAGGAUCUCAAAAAAUGGGAAUGUCUUGUACAGUAUAAGAAUUACACUAAUUUUGGCCUGUCCCAUGGACCUGAAGAAUUUCCCUAUGGAUGUGCAGACCUGUAUAAUGCAGCUGGAGAGCUUUGGCUACACGAUGAAUGAUCUUAUUUUUGAGUGGGAUGAAAAAGGAGCUGUGCAGGUAGCAGACGGUCUGACAUUACCUCAGUUUAUACUAAAGGAAGAAAAAGAUUUGCGCUACUGCACCAAGCACUAUAACACAGGAAAGUUCACCUGUAUAGAGGCCCGUUUCCACCUGGAAAGACAGAUGGGCUAUUAUCUGAUCCAGAUGUACAUCCCCAGUCUCCUGAUCGUCAUUUUGUCUUGGGUGUCCUUCUGGAUCAACAUGGACGCUGCCCCUGCUCGUGUCGGCUUGGGCAUCACUACUGUGCUGACCAUGACCACCCAGAGCUCAGGAUCAAGAGCCUCUCUUCCGAAGGUCUCCUAUGUGAAAGCCAUUGACAUUUGGAUGGCUGUGUGCCUACUCUUUGUCUUCUCUGCCCUGCUGGAGUAUGCUGCUGUCAACUUCAUCGCACGCCAACACAAGGAACUGCUGCGCUUCCAAAGGAGGAGAAGACAUCUUAAGGAGGAUGAAGCAGGAGAUGGCCGUUUCAGCUUUGCCGCAUAUGGCAUGGGUCCGGCGUGCCUGCAGGCCAAAGACGGCAUGGCCAUCAAGGGAAACAACAACAACGCACCCACCUCCACUAACCCCCCUGAGAAAACCGUGGAGGAAAUGCGCAAACUCUUCAUCGGCCGCGCCAAACGGAUCGACACAGUGUCGCGUGUGGCCUUUCCGCUGGUCUUCCUCAUUUUUAACAUUUUCUACUGGAUCACUUACAAGAUCAUUCGCAUCGAAGAUGUUCACAAGCAGUAAAGAGAUGAAAAGGGGAGUCAUUUCUAAGUAUAACUACUUCCAUGCCCCUCCCCAUAACUUCCUGCGCCAGCCUCUCUCUUUCAGUGCAGUGCUCACUUGCUUUUGGUGAUGAUGAGCCCAUGGCAGAGGUAUUUAUUCUUCUUUUUUAUUUUUGUCUCAUUCUCUUCUCUCUUGUCCUUCUGAAUAAUCCGGACCUGUGCAAUAGCAAUGCAGUAAAAUGCAUGAUAUAUGAAUGUGGCAAUAUAUUUACAAAAAAAAAAAAAAAAUGACUUAAGUAAAUAUUAAACUUUUACAAAACAUGUCUAAGAACUUCUAAACUGAUGACUGGGAAUCCAAGAGGAGAUGCUUUUGUAAAACUCUUUUUCGCAACUUAAAGACAUACUGCAUUGCGAGAAUAUGAAGAAACAUUAUCGCUGUGUAAUAUAUAAUAUAUUUAAAUUAUAAUACUUCCAUGAGAAAGUCUUUAAAAAGCAUUUUUCGAGGUUUUGAGGCAGUUUGGGACUUUCAUGAAUAUACAGUGAAAAUGUUGCAGGUCCUAUAGAUGGAGAUUUGCUUUGAAAUGUGUAUUACAUGCACUUGUCAAACUAUUCUGGGGUCUCAUGAUGUUUAAUUCUGAUAUCAAUUACUAAUGAAAUCUUG